UGCAACAUCAUCACCUGUUGAACAAGACUAUCGAAGCAUAGAACAUCCACAUCGUUCCGAUACGUCCUCAAGACUCCAACAAAAAUGUCAGACCGAGGAUGGAAUCAGCGAAGUAUAGAUGAGACGUACUUUCCAAGACCAGGGCAAAUGUCAGAAUCCCUGAAGCGGGCUCGCAGACCUUUUAUUUGGCCGAAUCGAAUCUAUGGUCUUGGUUUAGUCUGCUUUUCUCUCGGGAUCUACGCAUACUCCAUCGCUGCUGUCCAGCAGGACGACUUUUCCGAUGUGGAAGAUCUUUUACCGCCGGUGGAGGAACGUAGCUCGCUCAAAUCGAUAGAAGAUGAAGAGAGAGAAAAGGGUGGUCCUUCUCAUUUGAGACGUAUACCUGGAUCACUAUCAACAGGAUCAGCCAUGUCACCACCUCCACCUGGUCAAAAAGACUGGGGAGGCAGUUCAGACCAUAUGGGCCCGGGACACUCUGGGAGAUGGUACAGCUCAUUUUUGCCCCGUCGAUUGAGCGAUAUCGAAUGGGUACGACGGGCGGGUCUGGUAGAGAGAGAAAGUGGUAAUGUGCUCGUUUGGGCAGCUCCUCCUAUCGAUCAGAAUAUGAGGAUUGGAGAUGGCAAGCCGAGCAAGGGUCCAAGGUUGGUGUAAGGCGACGACUACGUCAAAUGCAGUUAUCGACUUGGAAGGCCAAAUCUUGCCCUUCGGUCUGCCUGGAAAGCACGCUUUCACACUCUUCAUAAUCAUACUGUAUACAACACAUGAAGGCAACU